GAAGAACUGUGUGGGUUUGAUAACGGGAGCGUCACAAGGGCUGGGGAAGGCGUUCGCUGAAUCUCUCUUAAAGAAAGGCGCACAGAUCCACAUCAGAUGCCAUAUCACUUGCCCUAAACUCCUCCUUAGAACAACCUUGACAUCAAGAAAGCUACGUAAGAAUCCUACUCAUUGAAUACAGUUCAGCCUUCAACACUAUUAUCCCGUUGAGACUGAUUACUAAACUUAGUGAUCUCGGACUAAACUCCACUCUCUGCAACUGGUUCCUCAGUUUCCUGACCCACAGGCCACAGUCAGUGAAGAUCGGGGACAAUAUUUCAUCCUCACUAACACUCAACACUGGAGCCCCCAGGGUGCGUAUUCAGCCCUCUGCUGUACUCACUGUUUCCCCAUGACUGCAUCGCCAAAUACCAGACUAAUGCCAUUUACAAGUUCGCUGAUGACAACACCAUAGUUGGUCGAAUUUCAAAUAUCGACGAAACAGACUACAGGUGGAAGGUGGAAGACCUUGAGUGUGUCAAGCUCCUGGGAGUGGUCAUCCACAACAAGCUUUCUUGGACUCUCCAUGUGGAUGCACUGGUUACAAAGGCCCAACAACGUCUCUUCUUCCUCAAGCAGCUGAGGAAAUUUGGCAUGACGGUGGUUAUAUGCGAUAUUAACCAGGCACAAGGUGAAAUCACGAGAGCAGAGUUUGACUUGAGAUAUGGACCUGAAAGAACUGCCUUUAUCACCUGCGAUGUCACAUCAUUGCCCCAACUGAAAGAUGUUUUUAGUCAAACAGUGCAGACGUUUGGAAGACUAGAUGUACUGUGCAAUAAUGCUGGAAUAAACAAUGAAAAUUCCUGGGAAAGGACCAUUUCUGUCAACUUGGUGGCAUUGAUACAAGCAAGUUACUUGGCUUUGGACCAUAUGAGGCGUGAUCGUGGUGGAAAAGGUGGAAGUAUUAUCAACGUGGCUUCCAUGUCAGGUUUUGUACCAGCAGCACAUGCUCCAGUCUACACAGCUUCAAAGCAUGGAGUGCUUGGUUUUACCAGAUCUCUUGCUGAAGCUUCUAGCCUUGGAAAUUAUGGGGUACGAAUAAAUGCACUGUGCCCAAGUUUUGUCAACACUGAAAUUCUUGAGACUGUAAACCAUGAAGAAAAUCUAGGAAUCUUUUAUCAGUUCAAGGACAAUGUCAAGAAUUUAAUGCAGGUCUUUGGAGUGUUGGAACCAUCGGAUAUAGCCAACGGUUUUGUACAACUGCUUGAAGAUGACAACUUGAAUGGAGCAGUCAUGAAAAUUACUACAACGAAGGGUAUUCAUUUUGAGAACUAUUAGCCAAAACCACCUCUCAACAUUGGACUAUUGCCAAUUGGCAAGAAAUGUUUGUUUGCAAAGUUUCCUACACUGGUUCCAAUUAUGCACUCCUUUCUAUUGCAGUAAAUUGAUAAAAACAAUUGUAUAUAUAAAAAGGCAAUACAUAAAGCUUACAUAUAUAUGGGGAAACAUAAUGUAAUUCAU